UUCCUCUCGACGCAUCCUCUCGUUCAAGCCAUGACCUGGCUAUGGUCUCUACUUCUUCCUCCCGCAGCUUCCUCGAUAGAAGAGGGGGUGGCGGAGGAGCUGCGGUUUCAUGAGGAUGGUGGAGGCGUCCCCUCCGUCAUCGGCGCCUCGAUCUUUGUUUCCGCCCUCGUUGGUCCAAUCACCUGGGUUCUCGAUUUCAAAGCCUCGGCCCUCGACGUAGUCCAGAGAAGAAGGAAAAAAGAAGGGCAUUCUUGAUGUUAUUCUACUGAUGUCCAACCAGGAUGACUGUAACUCCUAUAAACAUCCAAUGGUACAGACUGUGAAGAAGUGAUAUCUACAUGAAGACAGCAGGACUGGAACCAGAUGCUGUAGUUCGUGAUUGAGCUUUGAAAAAAAUAGUAUAGUGGAAAGAAUUAUAAAGCAAGAGCAGCUAGUUAGGUAUCUUUUUUGGAGUAAUUAUGAUGGUCACUUCUGAACAUGAAGAUUCUGUCAUGAUUACAGAAGAUGAAAUUACAUGGGUUGCAUACGAAAUGCUGUUCAUGUGGCUGCAUAUGUGGUUAUGACAACCUUGGAUAAGGAUUGUGUUAUAUAUCUGCCAACACCAUGACAAAUCAGCAGCCGAGCAGCAUACUGAAGAAACAGUGGAUCAUGGUGUUACUCAGUGGUAGAUGCUUGGUUCGAACUCUACAGGCUCACAAGUGUACCAAGAACAAGUGCCAAACAAAGAACUGCCUGAGAGGCUCCCAAAAGUUAUCAUCAAGGUAGUCGAGAAGAUUGUCGAGCUGCCACCAAUGCAAAUGGCUGCGGAGGAUGUUAGUGCGUGACUCUUAAAGGCGUCGUCAAGUGUCGGACGCAUCAUUAAGCGUGAUACAUGCAGAUUACACCUUCAGAUGGAAGUGCUUGAUACUGGAACUGUUCUGCGAUUUGGUUGGGAAGAGAACCUUUUCGUGGGCCGGUCGCGACGGCGAGAAUAUCUGCUUUGCCCGCCUCCUACCUUUCUUUUGAUUGGAGGAGCAGUGGGGCCCACGAUGGCGUGUUGCUGGUAGGUGAGCUGGUCCGACGUGACCGGGUAAGUAAGUGGUCUAUGCAUAAGGGAUCGAUUUGAGCGAUGGGGAUUCCCGCCUCCCUUGUAGCCGAAGUAACCGCUCCACCAACGGCAAAGCGGCCUCGUCACCGUCGUGAAACACCGAUCUUGGCGAAACCAUAAGCUGCCAAGCCGGGAAAAAUACAACCUUCUUACUGACCAAGCAGCUGCUGGCAUUGGCGUUGCUGGUCAUGCAAAGUUGGGUCACCUCUACAUUGAUUUUUGUCCUUAUUUGAGUCAGCGGAGCGUGGACUGGUAACAAAGGUUUUACUUCCAAACUUGGAACUGCUAAGAAGAUAAACUUCGGUUGACACAUUCAUUCAUUUAGUUUUGGUUUUACGAAGGUUGCAAAGAAGAAGAUAAUUCUUCAUAUGCAUGCCUGGUUCUUAAAACCUGCUGCAUUUGAGGAUUGAAAAGUACAAGGUGGUGGUGGCUUACCGUGAAAUCACUCUCAAUGACUAGUGAUUGAAUUGAUGAUUUGGACCGAAUGGGAAAAGGAUCUUCUGCACCUGGGAUCACCAAGUUCUUGCAUGGGGACUUGGACAUCUGGAUUUUAGAAGCCAGAUCACUUCCAAACAUGGAUUUAAUGACAGAGAGGAUGAGAAAAUGUUUCACUGUGUAUGGAGCUUGUGGUGUACCCUGUGGGAAACCUGAUAAUCACAGAGGCGUGAGCAAAAUCAUAACCAGUGAUCCCUAUGUUUCUGUUUGUGUAUCCGGAGCAACAAUAGCUCAAACUCGAGUAAUUCCAAACAGUGAAAAUCCAAAAUGGGAAGAACACUUCCGUGUGCCAGUCGCCCACCCUGCAUCAAAGAUUGAGUUUCAAGUGAAAGACAAUGAUGUUUUUGGAGCACAACUUAUUGGAGUAGCUGUGAUUCCAGUAGAUAAAAUACUCUCGGGAGAAACAGUCAGUGGUUGGUUUCCAGUGGUUGAUCCUAGUGGGAACUCAACGAAACCAUAUCCAGAACUGCAUUUUUCCUUGCAAUUCAGAAAUAUAGAGCAAAAUCCUUUGUAUAAAGAUGGAGUUGGUGCCGGUCCAAAUUAUUCUGGUGUGCCUAAUGCAUACUUCCCUCUUCAUAAUCAAGGAAGUGUUACCCUUUACCAGGAUGCCCAUGUUCCAGAUAACAUGCUGCCUAAUAUUGCACUAGAUGAGGGGAAGACUUAUGAGCAAAACAAAUGUUGGGAGGACAUCUGCCAUGCAAUCGUGGAAGCUCAUCACCUUAUCUAUAUAAUUGGAUGGUCAGUCUAUCACCGAGUGAAGCUUAUAAGGGAACCAACAAAGCCAGUGCCAAAUGGCGGGGAAUUAUCACUUGGGGAGCUUUUGAAGUACAAGACACAGGAAGGAGUUCGUGUGGUUAUGUUGAUUUGGGAUGACAAAACAUCACAUGACAAGUUUCUUUUGAAAACGGAUGGUGUCAUGCAUACACACGAUGAAGAAACUCGCAAGUUUUUUAAGCAUUCAAGUGUACAUUGUGUACUGGCCCCUCGUUAUGCCAGCAACAAGCUCAGCAUAUUCAAGCAGCAGGUUGUAGGAACUCUAUUUACACACCAUCAAAAGUGUGUCAUUGUUGACACUCAAGCAGGUGGAAACAAUCGGAAAAUAUCAGCCUUUAUUGGUGGACUUGAUUUAUGUGAUGGAAGAUAUGACACACCUGAACACAGGCUCUUCCGUGAUCUGGAUACUGUUUUUGGAAAAGACUUCCACAACCCUACAUUCCCAGGUACCAACCAAGGCCCAAGGCAGCCAUGGCAUGAUUUACAUUGCAAAAUUGAGGGUCCUGCUGCACACGACAUCCUGACAAAUUUUGAACAACGAUGGAGGAAAGCUACAAAAUGGAGAGAUUUCAAGCUUAGAAAGGUCACACAUUGGCAUGAUGAUGCCUUGAUUAAGAUUGAACGAAUCUCAUGGAUUCUCUCCCCUUCUGCCUACAAAUCUGACACUGAGACUUCUGAUGAAAAGGAUCUUGAAAAUUGGCAUGUGCAGAUUUUUCGAUCAAUUGAUUCAGGAUCAGUAAAAGGAUUCCCAAAACACGUACACGAAGCAGAGGGAAAGAAUCUUGUCUGUGCAAAGAACUUGAAGAUAGAUAAGAGCAUACACAGUGCAUAUGUGAAGGCAAUAAGAUCAGCACAGCACUUUAUAUAUAUAGAGAAUCAGUAUUUUGUUGGAUCUUCUUACCAUUGGCCAUCAUACAAAAAUGCAGGUGCUGAUAAUCUGAUACCUAUGGAGUUGGCUCUGAAAAUUGUCAGCAAAAUCAAGGCAAAAGAAAGAUUUGCAGUGUAUGUUGUGGUACCAUUGUGGCCUGAAGGAAUUCCUACUAGUGCUGCUGUUCAAGAAAUACUCUUCUGGCAGGGGCAAACAAUGUCUAUGAUGUAUAAAGUUGUUGGAGAUGCCCUCAAAGAGGAAGGACUUUCUGAAAGUCAUCAUCCUCAAGACUAUUUGAACUUUUAUUGUCUUGGCAAGUGUGAACCUGUUCUAAAGGAAAAAUUACCACCUAACCAAUCUCCAGAAAAUUCCACACAGCGCUUGUCUCAAAAAUUCCGCAGAUUUAUGAUAUACGUGCAUUCAAAAGGGAUGAUUGUUGAUGAUGAAUAUGUUGUCAUUGGAUCUGCAAACAUUAACCAAAGAUCUAUGGAGGGUUCAAGGGACACAGAAAUUGCAAUGGGUGCCUAUCAGCCACAUUACCGGUGGGCCGAAAAGCACACCCAUCCUCGUGGACAGGUUUAUGGAUAUCGAAUGUCGCUAUGGGCGGAGCACUUGGGCAUGCUGGAUGACCUCUUCCGUGAACCGCAGACCAUGGAAUGCGUCAGACAUGUGAAUAAAGUAGCAGAAUUCAAUUGGCAGUCCUAUGCGUCCCCUGAGAUCAAGGAGAUGAACGGCCACCUGAUGCGGUACCCGGUGAAGGUGGAGCGAGAUGGGAGAGUCGGUCCCUUGCCGGGGCAUGAGAACUUCCCUGAUGUGGGCGGUAAGAUUCUGGGAGCACACUCCACUCUUCCUGAUGUGCUAACGACGUAGCUGUUGCAUGGAUGGGAGGGGGAGUCAAAUCGCUAACAUGUAUCAAUCACCAAGACUUAAUUAAGUGGUGUACUUAGCAUUUAGAAGCUUGCCUUUUACCACACCAGCUCAUACUUUGACCUGGAAAUAUGUGUAUCUUUACCGGUGGAGGAAGCAGUAUACUUAAAUCUUAGAUAACGACGCUAUAUGAAUGCCCAG